GAAUGCUGCUGUUAUAAUGGGUGCUGCAAACAAUACAUUUGGAAAUCUAAUGAAUGUAAAUAAUUUUUUUUUUGGCUAACCAUAUUCAAUAAUGAGCAUGAUGGUGCAGAAACAGGGUUUCCAGCGUGCUCAGUUGACACUCCAGGAAGUGCAAGAUCUUGCAGAUCGUCAACGCCAACAAAUCCUUUACAACAGCCAGGAAAUUAUGGAGAAACAAAAACAACUAAUGAGAAUGCACACAGACUUUAAAACACGCUUUAAAAUUCAAAAUGGAUCUCAAUCUAUGUCUGAAGAUAUGAUUCCUACUGGUCCAUCUGCAACUGGAUUGAAACAGGCACGCAUUUCUUCCCCUCAGUCAACUGCGCAAAGUCCUAGCACCCCAGAAAUUAAACCUGAAAAAGAACAAUAUGCAAGAAUGCUUAGACAAACUUAUCAAAAUAUGGGUAAAAUGCAAAAUAGAAAUCAACUUCUGCAUGAUUUGAACAUAAAGAAAUUUACUAAUAUUGAGUUAGGUUAUGAACUUAAUAAAGUUCGAUCUAUCUUUGCUUCAAAACAAAAUGAGUUAGCUGAAGCAGUUAAAAAGGUUGAUGUGUUAACUCAUCAAUUAGAUAGUCGUAGAAAUAGUGCAUCUGGAGCAUCUGUACCAACACCUGAACGUAUUAACAGAAGAAAAAAGAUUCAAGCUGCAAAGGAUGAAGUGGAUCGAUUACGAAAUGAACUUAUAGUACGGAAUGAAAUGAGCUCUCAGCAAAGUCAUCAACUUCAGCUUCAACGAGACAUUAUACUAGAAAAAAAAGCUGAGCUGCGAGAGCUUAAUAAUCGUAUGAAUGAACUUGGCAAUGCUUUAAAAAAUCAAAAUAAUCAACCUGGAAAUCAGAAAGAAAUAGAUGUUUCAAAAGAUAAUCAGCAGUUACGUUUUAAUGACACUUAUUUGCAAGAUACUUUAAAUCGAAAACGCUCAGUAGGAAACAAACCUACUGUAGUUGACAUAAAUUCGAAUAUAGUUGCUACUGAAAAGGAAUCAUUAAACAAAAAUUCUGUUGAGCAAGUAUCAAAAACUUUGUCAGCUGACACUCCUUUACCUCUAGAGGAAUUUAAAAAGAAUUUAUCUACAUUUAAAUUACCCAAACCCUUACCACCUCAACGUACAACUCCUGUCUCUAUUGUUGAAAAAAAGGAAAUUCCUAUAUAUACCACUAAAAGUAAUGAGGAAAAUAUUACAUUGCUUCGCCAGGAUAUAAAAGGUGAGUUACUAGAAGACAAAAAGUCUAUCAACAUUACACCUCUAAAUAGCUUGACUAACUCAACUCCAUAUUCUGAUUUAUCACUCUCAUUUGAUUCAGACAAAAUUGUCAUAAAGUCAAAUGAUUCAGCUCUAAAUUCAAUUAUAAAUAAAUCUGAUGAUAGUUCUAAACAUAUAGUACCUGUUAAACCAACCUUGUCAGUUAAACCAAUGAUGGAAAACAACAAUCUUGAUAAAAUUGAUGAUAGCAAUGCAGCAUAUUAUGUGAAACCGUUAAAUGAUAUAACUGUUUCUGAAUAUAACAAAGAAAUUUUUAUUCCUCAGCCUGAUUAUCCUAAUGACUUCCCUAGUGAACCUGACGGAUUUGAACUUUCUUUCGCUGAUAUUGAUGAAAUUAAUGAAACUCAAACAGAUCUUUGGACUGGAAGCUUGAUUCCUCAAUCACCAUACGAUAGUGAGUCUGAUGAUUUUGAAAAUGUUCCUGUUCCAUUAAUUAUAAGCUUACCUCCUGAGAAAAUGCCUCCACCCAUUCUUAUGAAACCUGAUAAACCUAGAAAACCUAAACGUAAACUAGUGCUAGACCCUUUUGCAUUGUUGCUUGAUUCUGCAUUAGAAGGAGAGUUAGGAUUAGUUAAAGAAAUUUUGAACCAGGUUCCUAAUCCAAGUCGUGCUAAUCCUGAAGGUAUCACUGCUUUACACAAUGCUGUAUGUGGUAAUCAUAAAGACGUUGUACGUUUCCUUGUUGAAGUUGGUUGUGAUAUCAAUUCAGCUGACAAUAAUGGAUGGACUCCUUUGCACUGUGCCGCAUUUUAUAAUGAUACUGAGUUAUGCAGGUUUCUUGUUGAACACGGUGCUUCAGUAUUUGCAAUGACCUACACUGAUUAUCAAACACCUGCACAUAAAUGUUCUCAACUUGAUGACAACUAUGAUAAUUGCUUUGGUUACUUGCAUGAGUGUAAAGAAAAUGUUGGACGUAUAAAUGGUGGACUUGUUCACGCUCUCUUUGACUAUACAGCUGAGAGCGACGAUGAACUAAGUUUUUAUUGUGGUGACACGCUCACUGUUUUAAAAAGAGGUGAUAAUAAUGAAAAAGAAUGGUGGUGGUGUCGCAAUAAAAAUGGAGAAGUUGGAUAUGUUGCGUGUAAUUUAGUUGGCAAUUUUCCUCGUAUUGCAGCAGAAGUUUGAAUUUGUCUACCUUAAUUUCUCAAAGAUUAUAAUCUUUAAGAAAGUUCCAAUAAUAAUGGAUUUUAAUAAGUUUAACGAAGAGCUCGUUAAGGUUUUUGAGAGAUCAUAAGGUUGCAUUCGCGGUUCAAAACAAUGAUAUCGAGGAAUCGUAAAAAUAUCGAGGAAUCGUAAAAAUAUCGAGGAAUCGUAAAAAGAUUUGCACUGUAUGAUAAGCUGCAAAAUUGUGACGGAUGCAAUUAAUGGCAAACGAAUCAAAUUUUCAAAUAAAUAAAUUUAUACAUUUUUAAAUAUUAAAUUUAUUUAGUAAUCUUUGUUAUGUUUUUACUUCAAAGUUUUGUAAUAUGAUUUUAUUUUUAUAUUGUUGUAAAUACCUGUAGUAAUUGUACAUAUGGCAUGAACUCGUUUUAGGUUCUGGUAUGUAAAGUUGUUUUUAUUAAAUAACAGUUAUAGAGAUGUUUA